AUGUCGUCAAAUGAUGUUCCAACAUCAAUUUCUCCAACGACACUUGCUCUUGAUUUAACUCAACAUUCCUCUGAUAAAGAACAAGAUUCAAAUUUCCAUCCAUUAUUAGAAGAUGAUAUAAUCGAUGUUUUUUCAAAAGUAUCAACAAAUUUUUUAGCUGGAUUUUCCUAUCGAUCAGAUACUGAAGAUCAACGUUGUUCAAUUUUGAUUUUUCAUCUUUUUACCGAUUAUAUUGAAACUGAAACAGCAUGCCAAUGGCAAAUUUGUAAUAAAAAACCGUUGACUUGUGAAAUAUUAGUUGAUAAUGAUCGUUAUCUCAGUGAAAAAGGUUUGUAUACGAGAAAAUUAAAUAUUUUCUUUUAG